GGAGUCUCGUGUGCGCGGUGCCGUUACUCGCAGUCGGGUGGCGGCGCGGGUGGCGGCGGCAGCACAGCUCCGAGCGCACACCGUGCCUUAGCAGCGGCUGAAGCCGAGGCACCCCUGCCGUCACAGCCCUUGCACUGGUGCAUCCACCCUCGCUCGCUCUGCUCUUCCUCCCUUCGCUCGCACCAUGGCUGAUCAGCUGACUGAAGAGCAGAUUGCUGAAUUCAAGGAAGCUUUCUCCCUAUUUGAUAAAGAUGGUGAUGGCACCAUCACAACAAAGGAAUUAGGAACUGUCAUGAGGUCACUGGGUCAAAACCCAACAGAAGCUGAGCUGCAGGAUGUGAUCAACGAAGUGGAUACCGAUGGUAAUGGCACCAUUGACUUCCCAGAAUUUUUAACUAUGAUGGCUAGAAAAAUGAAAGAUACAGAUAGCGAAGAAGAAAUCCGUGAGGCAUUCCGAGUCUUUGACAAGGAUGGAAAUGGGUACAUCAGUGCAGCGGAGCUCCGUCAUGUCAUGACAAACUUAGGAGAAAAGCUAACAGAUGAAGAAGUAGAUGAAAUGAUCCGAGAAGCAGAUAUUGAUGGAGACGGACAAGUCAACCAUGAAGAAUUCGUACAGAUGAUGACUGCAAAAUGAAGACCUACUUUCAACUACUUUUCCCCCCUCUAGAAGAAUCAAAUUGAAUCUUCUACUUACCUCUUGCAAAAAAAAA